ACGCGGCGAUAUCAGUAUCUGCCGUUGUGCGUGCUGCCUGAAAGAUUACUUUUUAUUGAAAAAACACACACGGAAAGUCUUAUGGAGUGUGUGGAGAGAUGCAUUAAAUCAGUUUGUUUAUAGAUAAUUUUUCUUAAGAUUGGAGAGCCAUCCAACGGUUGUAGGUGAACAAAAAGUAAGAAGUUUUAUUUAUAUGCCAAGGUAGCCAAGUUGCUGAACGAAGAUUUAACGAUCAGCAAUGGCCGGAAUUAAAGGUUAAUUUUUUGGCAAUUGUUUAAUCUCGCCUUUUCGUAAAUGCUUGCAAAUUAAAUCGCCAAAUUUCGGCGUAUUAUUUCGAUAUAUCAUGAUUUUGAGUUGUAAAUUCUUUCUGUUUAUAUUAGUCAUCUUCGCGUGGGAGGACGACAAGGGUUUUUAUGAUUUGCUUGCGAACGUGUAAACAUAAUGAUACUUAAAAAAUUAUUUACUUACCUUGUAAUGUUUGUUGACCUAUUUUUAUGAUUUCUUUAACCUUCUCCUUAAUAAGUAUGCUGUUGAAUGAAAAAUGAAUGAAAGAAUUUACUAGACCUGAUGCGAAUGUUAAUGCUUCAUGAAAAUAAAUUACUAUUGAGAUCUCAUUACUAUUUACUAGUUUUUCCAUAUUUUUUUGUUUUCUCUUAUGUAAUGUAAAAUGUAUUCAUAAUGAAUUUAUGUUCUAUGUUGUUGAUACUGGAUGAUUGAAACAUGCAGCGCUAGUCACUUUAGCUUUUGCUGGUUCAAUUGGUAUGACAUUUGUUAUUUUAGGUUGUGCACUGCCAACUUAUAAAGUCUGGUGGCCAUUUUUUGUAGUAUUAUUUUACAUCUUAUCUCCAAUUCCAACUCUUAUUGCAAGACGUUACUCAGAAGAUGGUGGAUCAAGUAAUCCAUACACGGAAUUGGCAAUAUUUAUUACAAUGGGUCUGGUAGUCUCAUCCUUUGCUCUUCCUAUUGUAUUAGCAAGAUCUCCUGAAGAUCCACCAGCAAUUAAAUGGGGAGCAUGCUAUUUAACAUUAGCAGGCAAUGUUGUGGUAUAUUUAACUAUCAUUGGCUUCUUCAUAGCUUUUGAUCACGAGGACUCAGAUUACAGCAUGUGGUGAUGCGUUUCAAAUAUGUAUUUAUUUGUUAUGGAUCAUUGAGAAAUGAAUGUUCAAAGUAUUGAUUGACUGAUGGCUACGCUUUCUAUUACAAAUACACAUAAACCAUUAUCUACUGCUGCGUGUAUAGAUAAAACUACUGCAACUAUAUAUAUUAUUUUUCUGAGAUAAUUUCUCAGAUGUAAUCGUAUCAAUACAUAAUUUAUAUAAAUCGUUUGUAUCAUAUUUGUACACUAUGGGUACAUAAUGUCAAUUGCUUCAUUGUCUUGUAAUGUUUUUUUUCACAUUUAUCAAAUUUUGGUUUAUUCAAAUCAUACGACUGAAAUUGAACAUAAGAAGAUUUUCUUGUUUAAUAAUUCCAAUUUUUUAAUAAAAUAAUACCAUGUUGGUAAAUUUUGAUACCUACUAAUAAUAAAAUUUAAGAUUAUUCUAUAUUAAUAUAUAAAUUAAUGAAAACAUCAAAAACGUGUACCAUAAAUAACUAUUGUGAUUAUUUA